AUGAGCGCAGCCAAGCCGAGGUACUCCAAACCGUAGGAUUGCAGAACGUAACACUAAUGUCUCACAACAAAUGAAACUCGAUCUGUAGAAAACGCAACCUGAAAAAUGAGACGUUGCACACACUUUUGUAAACCAAGAAAUCUUUAAUGAAAAUAUAUUUAAAAUCAAAUCGUAGGAUUGCAGAGUUGGAAGGGACCCCCGAGGGCCAUCUAGGCCAACUCCCUGCAAUGCAAGAAUAUGCAGGUGGAUUGAACCUUGCCGUUAUCAGCCACUGAGUUCAAUCUGCUUUCUUGCAGCAGCGCUGUGCUUUUCCCCGCCUCCUCCCGCAGGCACAGCGCGCAUGUGCCUCUAGAUUUUCUCUCUCUAUGGGCGGCGCGGAAGCGGUGGGAGGAAAGGGACGUGCGCGGAAGGAGGCCGCGGGGAGGGAAGCCAGGAAGCAGCGGAGGCGGCACGGCAAGUCCUAGGGGGAGACCGAGGCGGCAGGUGAGAGGGGCCCCGCCCCCAACCCGGGCGCAAGCCACGCCCACCCGGCCUUUGCCCCACCCCUCCCUCCCUCAGCGCCCAAGUAUCCUGUGCAUCGUUCGGCUCCCAGGUAGCGGACGGGAGCCCGGACUGCUGGGUCUGAUCCGAAUAGGAGAGCCCGGAUUCUGGAGCAGGAGGAGAGGCGGGACUCAGGGCGCGCGAGGAAGGCGAGGGCGCCUCUGAGCAUGGACAGAGCGCAUUUCGCCACCGAUUAACCUUUGCACACCUGGAGAGAGGCGGGACUUCUGCAUGUGCUGCGUUCUGGCCGGAUUUGAAGCCCAGCAGCUCCCGAUUUCUUUCCCCGGGUGGGUGGGGAGAGUUCAUUGCUGCUGGUGGAGCUAUCCGGGUGUCAAAGCUCCUGGGCUCAGAGGUGUUUUGUUGCCCUGGGAAAUGAUUCCCGGUGAAAGAAGGGUGGAGGCGCCCAGCUGCAGCUUCCAGAGAAUAACAUUUUCUUCCUGUCGAAUCAGGACCUUUUAACUGGGUCCCAGACCCCCUGGAUCCAUUCCCCUGCCUAUCAUAGGGAGCUGCUGGUGGCCGGAUGCACAACACUACUGUAGUUGUAUCUCUCUUUCUGUGUAGGAUCAAGUGGUUUAUCUCCCUGUUUCUCAAAAUAGAAAAAAAAUAGUAGAGGUGCAGUCAUUUUAAUUUUAAUUUUUUCCCAUGGAUUCUCCUCCAUUAGAGAAAUUUGGAAGGCAAUUUGGCUGUCUUGUUAUGUUAGCCACUCUCCCACUCUGCAGCGCCUGAAACCAGCUGUACCUUCUAUUACGAUUUCUGCUCUGCCUUUUUGGUGAAACUCUGCUUUAAAACCCUGGCACAUCUCGCUUUUGCAAAACAGCUCUGCGCACGAAUCCGUAACAUUCUUGCUACCUGCUAUUUCAAAACAAACUGCAUUGUGUAUUGACACUGACUUACUUGAUCAAACUAUCAAAUCCACCACUUGUUUGGAUGGCUUGCUCCACUAGUCCCAGGUGUGUUGCUGAUUGAGGUGCAUUUCCCUGAGUUCCUUAGAGGGCAGCCUGGCUUAUACACACUCCGUGUCCAAGCGUGUGCUGUUGCUGUUUUGUCCCAAGCUUUCCCCAUUCUCUGUGGCAGCCCUUAAGUUGUGGGAUUCCCUUCCUACAGAGGUGCGUCUGGCUUCUUUGAUGUACAGCUGUCACCAAAUACCAAAGGCACACCUCUGGCCUUCAACGCCAGGGCCCACCCUUCUGAAUUUAAUACGUUUACACUGUUUGUUUUUUAAUAAUUUUUAAAUUUGGUUUUACAAGUUCAUUCACAGAAAUAAUGUUAUUACAAAUAUUAGAAUUUUGCACAAGAUUCUUCUGAAUCCCAAAACUUCCCUCCCCCCCUCCGUGGGUUCUUAAAUAACGUUUUAACUGCAUAUUACAAGUCCAUCUAAUUUACCAUCCUCCAUUAUAUCCAAAGUCUCUGUAUCAUUACAGGGGUUAUUUAAAGCUUGCCAAAGUUUUCAAGUGUUUACAGUGGUCUUUCUGAUUUCCCCGGUUAAUCUUGCCAUCUCUGCGUCAUCCAAUAAUUUCUCUGUCAGUCCAUCCUAGUAGGUAUCUUGUCAUCUUUCCAGCUCUGGGCAAGCACCAUCCUUGCAGCUGUUGUAGUAAUAAUAAUAAUAAUAAUAAUAAUAAUAAUAAUAAUUGAUUAUUUAUACCCCGCCCAUCUGGCUGGGCUUCCCCAGCCACUCUGCGCAGCUUCCAAAAGAAUAUUAAAAUACUGUGAUACAUCAAACAUUAAAAGCUUCCCUAAACAGGGCUGCCUUCAGAUGUCUUCUAAAAGUCUGGUAGUUGUUGUUCUCUUUGACAUCUGGUGGGAGGGCGUUCCACAGGGAGGGCGCCACUACCGAGAAGGCCCUCUGCCUGGUUCCCUGUAACUUGGCUUCUUGCAGUGAGGGAACCGCCAGAAGGCCCUCGGUGCUGGACCUCACAGUGUCCGGGUAGAACGAUGGGGGUGGAGACGCUCCUUCAGGUAUACUGGACUGAGGCCAUUUAGGGCUUUAAAGGUCAGCACCAACACUUUGAAUUGUGCUCGGAAACGUACUGGGAGCCAAUGUAGGCUUUCAAGACCGGUGUUAUAUGGUCUCGGCGGCCGCUCCCAGUCACCAGUCUGGCUGCUGCGUUCUGGAUUAGUUGUAGUUUCUGGGUCACCUUCAAAGGUAGCCCCACGUAGAGCGCAUUGCAGUAGUCCAAGCGGGAGAUAACCAGAGCAUGCACCACUCUGGCGAGGCAGUCCGCAGGCAGAUAGGGUCUCAGCCUGCUUACCAGAUGGAGCUGGUACACAGCUGCCCUGGACACAGAUUUAACCUGUGCCUCCAUGGACUGCUGUGAGUCCAAAAUGACUCCCAGGCUGCGCACCUGGUCCUUCAGGGGCACAGUUACCCCAUUCAGGACCAGGGAAUCCUCCACACCUGCCCGCCUCCUGUCCCCCAGAAACAAUACUUCUGUCUUGUCAGGAUUCAAUCUCAAUCUGUUAGCCGCCAUCCAUCCUCCAACUGCCUCCAGACACUCACACAGGACCGUCACUGCCUUCACUGGUUCUGAUUUGAAAGAGAGGUAGAGCUGGGUAUCAUCCGCAUACUGAUGAACACCCAGCCCAAACCCCCUGAUGAUCUCUCCCAGCGGCUGCAUGUAGAUGUUGAAAAGCAUGGGGGAGAGGACAGAACCCUGAGGCACCCCACAAGUGAGAGCCCAGGGGUCUGAACACUCAUCCCCCACACCACUUUCUGAACACGGCCCAGGAGGAAGGAGCGGAACCACUGUGCCCCCAGCUCCCAACCCCUCAAGACGGUCCAGAAGGAUGUUAUGGUCGAUGGUAUCAAACGCUGCUGAGAGAUCCAGCAGAACUAGGAAACAGCUCUCACCUUUGUCCCUAGCCCGCCGGAGAUCAUCAAUCAGUGCGACCAAGGCAGUUUCAGUCCCGUGAUGAGGCCUGAAUCCCGACUGGAAGGGAUCCAAAUGGUCCGCUUCUUCCAGGCGUGCCUGGAGUUGUUCAGCAACCACUCGCUCAAUCACCUUGCCCAAGAAUGGAAGAUUUGAGACUGGGCGAUAGUUGGCCAUCGUGGCUGCAUCUAAAGAUGGUUUUUUAAGAAGCGGUUUAAUAACCGCCUCUUUCAGCGGGUCUGGGAAGGCUCCCUCACGGAGGGAAGCAUUCACCACCCCACGAAGCCCAUCGCCCAGCCCUUCCCGGCUAGCUUUUAUAAGCCAGGAUGGGCAAGGAUCAAGGAGACAGGUGGUUGGUUUCACUCAUCCAAGCAGCCUGUCCACAUCCUUGGAGGUAACAGAUUGGAAUUGAUCCCACGCAAUUUGACUAGACAGGACUCUAGCACUCUUCCGCCCCGGCCCUGCUCCCAUGGUGGCGUCUACCUCUUCCCGAAUCUGAGCGACUUUAUCUGCAAAAAACUUUGCAAAAUCAUUGCAGGAGAUCAUGUGGCCCGUACUGGGCCCCGAUGUAGCAGGUGGUUCCACUAAAUUGCGGACCACCUGAAAAAGUCUCCUGCUGCUGUUUUCUGCAGAUGCAAUAGAGGCGGUGAAGAAAGUCUUCUUUGCCGUCGCUACUGCCACUUGGUAGGCUCGGCAUUGAGCUCUAACCUGUGUCCGGUCAGCUUCAGAAUGGGUCAUCCACCACCGGCGCUCUAGCCGUCUCAACGAUUGUUUCAUUGCCCUCAGAUCCGUGGAAAACCAUGGGGCUGUCCGGGCUCCAUGCCAUCGGAGAGGGCGCUUCGGAGCCAAACAGUCAAUAGCCCUGGUUAACUCCACAUUCCAGCGGGCCACCAGGGAAUCAGCUGAAAGGCCAUCAACAUGGGAUAAAGCAUCCCCUACCACUCUCUGGAAACCAUUUGGAUCCAUUAAGUGGCGGGGGCGGACCAUCCGAAUCGGUCCCACCUCCCUGCAGAGGGGAAGGGUCGCGGAGAAGUCAAGUUGCACCAGGAAGUGGUCUGACCAUGGCACUUCUUUCGUUUUGCUUUUACUUAGUGUCAGAUCACCAACAUCCAUAGAGGUAAACACCAGGUCCAAGGCAUGUCCGUGGCUAUGGGUUGGGCCAAACGUAUUCAGGGACAGCCCCAUGGAGGCCAUGCUUUCCACGAAGUCCCGAGCGGCCCCUUGUAAGGUCGUGUCGGCAUGGAUAUUAAAAUCCCCUAGGACAACCAAACUAGGUGUCUCCAGGAGAACAUCCGCCACGACCUGAAGCAGCUCGGGCAGGGAAUCUUUGGUGCAGCGGGGAGGUCGGUACACCAAAAGGAAUCCUGUACUGCCCCUAUUGCCCAACUUCCAGAACAUGCACUCAGAGAACUGGGUCUUCCCAAUAGGACGCCUGGUGCAAACUAAUGACUUCCUAGCGUACAUAAACAGCCUUUUCAGUUUUUUUCAGUAUCUCUGCACCUACAGUUCCUAACAGAAAGGCUUCUGGUUUUUUAACAAAGGUUAUUUUAAAUAUUUUUUUCAAUUCAUUGUAUAUCAUUUCCCAGAAUUCCUUUAUCACUUUGCAGUUCCACCACAUAGGAUAAAAGGUGCCUUCCUUUUCCUUACUCUUCCAACAAACAUUUGAACUAUACAUUUUUGCUAAUUUACUCGGGGUUAAAUACCAGCGAGCGUGUACACUGGUUUGUUUUUUUUAAUUCUGGGGGAGGGCAGGUAAUAACAAUUCAUAAUAAUGUUGUGUUUCAGGCUUUGUACGAGAAGAGCCUGCCGGUUGACUGUCCCGCGUGGGAUGCACGCUGCUCCUCGGAAGGAUCUUGA